AUGCUCUUUCAUUAUCAUUGGCUUGGAGCGCUCGGUUAUCCAUUGAGUUCAAAGCACAAGAAACGAUCAGACUUAUCGCGCGGCUUCGUCAACCUCACAGGUCCAGGCCCCCAAGACCCCCUGAACAUCCAGAAACUCAGGUUCCAAGCAGCCCAGGGACCACAGGACGUCGCAGAUCUGCGCGAAGCACUCAAACGAGCUAGAGGAAUCAUCGGUGGCUUGACGGUAUCUCCGUGGAUUGAAGGAGAAACUUCACCCGGAUCGCGGGUGCAGACGGACGACGAGAUUGAUGAGUACAUUUAUGAGAAUGUUUUUGGACAUCAUGCCUGCUGCACUAAUAAAAUGGGAGCCGACGAUGACCCGAUGGCCGUUCUCGACGGCAACUUCAGCGUGCGCGGUGCUGCAGGUCUUCGUGUCGUCGACGCCAGCUCCUGGCCCGAUGUCCCUGGGUAUUUUAUCACCACACCAACGUAUAUGAUUUCAGAAAAGGCCGCGGAUGUUGUUAUUGCUGCAGCUAGUCGACGAUCAUGA